CUGGGCCCGGCUCGCGCGAGAUGCCCCAGUAGAAGACCCGAAGCUGUGAAGAUCAGCAGACAUCCAAGACUGCAUUUUCCCCAGCAAUCAGGUGUAGCUGCAGCGCCUGCCCACACCGCUCUCCAAGAUGCUGUCUACGACGCCUGCAGGAUCAUCAGAGAGAGGGUCCCGGAGGCCCAAACCGGACAGGCCUCAGACUAUGGCCUUUUUCUGUCUGAUGAAGACCCCAGAAAAGGCAUCUGGCUGGAGUCUGGAAGAACACUGGAUUAUUAUAUGCUCCGCAAUGGGGAUAUUCUUGAAUACAAAAAGAAGCAAAAACCACAGAAGAUUAAAAUGCUGGAUGGGGCUGUGAAAACGAUCAUGGUGGACGACUCCAAAACAGUGGGCGAAUUGCUUGUGACCAUAUGCAGUAGAAUAGGAAUCACAAACUACGAGGAGUACUCUCUGAUCCAGGAGACGGUGGAGGAAAAGAAGGAUGAUGGGAUGGGUACGUUAAAGAAAGACAGGACGCUGCUGAGAGAUGAGAGGAAGAUGGAGAAGCUGAAAGCCAAACUACACACGGAUGAUGACUUGAACUGGCUGGACCACAGCAGAACCUUCAGAGAGCAGGGGGUGGACGAGAACGAGACUCUCCUGCUCAGACGUAAAUUCUUCUACUCUGACCAGAAUGUGGAUUCCCGAGACCCAGUUCAGCUCAACUUGCUCUACGUACAGGCUCGAGAUGAUAUCCUUAACGGCUCCCACCCUGUGUCGUUUGACAAGGCCUGUGAAUUUGGGGGCAUUCAGGCCCAGAUUCAGUUUGGACCUCACAUGGAGCAUAAACACAAGCCGGGAUUUUUAGAUCUGAAGGAGUUUCUUCCCAAAGAGUACAUAAAACAGAGAGGAUCAGAGAAGAAAGUUUUCCAGGAGCACAAAAAUUGCGGAGAAAUGACGGAGAUCGAGGCUAAAGUGAAAUAUGUCAAACUGGCGCGGUCUCUGCGGACAUAUGGUGUCUCAUUCUUCCUGGUUAAAGAAAAGAUGAAGAGUAAGAACAAGCUGGUGCCCCGGCUCUUGGGCAUUACCAAAGAGAGCGUGAUGAGAGUGGAUGAGAAGACCAAAGAUGUAGUUCAGGAGUGGCCACUCACGACUGUGAAGAGGUGGGCGGCAUCACCUAAGAGCUUCACCCUGGACUUUGGGGAGUAUCAGGAAAGCUACUACUCGGUGCAGACCACUGAAGGGGAACAGAUUUCCCAGCUUAUUGCAGGUUACAUCGACAUCAUCCUCAAAAAGAAGCAAAGCAAGGACCGCUUUGGAUUAGAAGGUGAUGAGGAGUCUACCAUGCUUGAGGAAUCUGUGUCCCCUAAAAAGUCCACUAUCCUCCAGCAGCAGUUUAACCGCGUCGGCCGGGUGGAGCACGGCUCCGUUGCACUGCCCGGGGUCAUCCGCUCUGGCUCCAUCGGCACCGAGUCUCUGAGCAUGGGUACCAUGCCUUCCCCUCAGCAACAGAUCACAAUGGGUCAAAUGCACCGUGGACACAUGCCACCGUUGAGUUCAGCACAGCAGGCUCUGAUGGGAACCAUCAAUACCAGCAUGCAGGCUGUGCAGAAGGCCCAGAUUGACCUGGGAGAGGUCGACGAUCUCCCCCCGCUGGGACAGGACAUGGCAUCCAAGGUUUGGAUCCAGAACAAGAUGGAUGAAUCAAAACAUGAGAUCCACUCUCAGGUUGAUGCCAUCACUGCAGGGACAGCCUCUGUUGUGAACCUCACAGCUGGUGAUCCUACAGACACAGACUACACAGCUGUGGGUUGUGCCAUCACCACCAUCUCCUCCAAUCUGACUGAAAUGUCAAAGGGUGUGAAACUGUUGGCCGCACUGAUGGAGGAUGAUGUUGGAGGAGGAAACGACUUGAUGAAGGCUGCCAGGACACUUGCAGGGGCUGUGUCUGACCUGCUGAAGGCUGUUGAGCCGGCUUCUGGAGAGCCCAGACAGACUGUUCUGACAGCGGCAGGAAGCAUUGGCCAGGCCAGCGGAGACCUCCUGCGCCAGAUUGGGGAGAAUGAGACCGAUGAGAGGUUCCAGGACAUCUUGAUGAAUCUGGCCAAAGCAGUGGCCAAUGCAGCAGCCAUGUUGGUGCUAAAGGCCAAGAAUGUUGCCCAGGUGGCAGAGGACUCCGUCCUGCAGAACCGGGUCAUAGCUGCCGCAACACAGUGCGCCCUGUCUACCUCCCAGCUGGUGGCAUGUGCUAAGGUGGUGAGUCCUACCAUCAGCUCCCCAGUUUGCCAGGAGCAGCUUAUCGAAGCUGGAAAACUGGUCGACCGUUCGGUGGAGAGCUGCGUCCAGGCCUGUCUGUCUGCGACAGAGGACGGAGAGCUACUCAAACAGGUGAGCGCAGCAGCCAGCGUGGUGAGCCAGGCUCUGGGAGAUCUCCUGCAACACGUCCGUCAGUACACCUCCAGGGGAGAGCCAAUCGGGCGCUACGACCAGGCUACCGACACCAUCAUGACGGUCACUGAGAGCAUCUUCAGCUCUAUGGGAGAUGCAGGAGAGAUGGUCCGGCAGGCUCGGGUGUUGGCUCAGGCCACCUCAGACCUGGUGAAUGCCAUGAGGUCUGAUGCUGAAGCCGAGGUGGACGUGGACAACUCCAAGAAGCUGCUGGCGGCUGCCAAACUGCUGGCAGAUGCCACUGCAAGGAUGGUGGAAGCAGCCAAGGGUGCCGCCGCUUACCCGGAGAAUGAGGACCAGCAGCAGAGACUGAGGGAGGCUGCGGAGGGGCUGCGGGUGGCCACCAACGCUGCUGCUCAAAACGCCAUCAAGAAGAAACUGAUUAACAGGCUGGAGAAUGCUGCCAAACAAGCUGCAGCUGCAGCCACGCAGACCAUCGCUGCGGCUCAAAACGCUGCCGCCUCCAACAAGAACACAGCUGCUCACCAGCAGCUGGUACAGAGCUGCAAGGCAGUUGCAGACCACAUCCCACAGCUUGUCCAGGGAGUGCGAGGCAGCCAGGCCAAACCAGAGGACCUCAGUGCACAACUCGCUCUCAUCAUUGCCAGCCAAAACUUCCUACAGCCUGGUAGUAAGAUGGUGACCUCUGCAAAGUCAUCUGUUCCCACGGUGACGGAUCAGGCUGCAGCCAUGCAACUGGGUCAGUGUGCCAAAAACCUGGCCACCUGCCUGGCUGAGCUGAGGACGUCUGCACAGAAGGCUCAUGAAGCCUGCGGCCCCAUGGAAAUCGACUCUGCUCUCACCGCCAUCCAAACCCUGAGAAGUGAACUGCAAGAUGCCAAACUGGCUGCUGCAAACACACAACUCAAACCUUUACCUGGAGAAUCAUUGGAGAAAUGUGCUCAGGAUUUGGGCAGCACCUCAAAGUCAGUGGGAUCCUCCAUGGCCCAGCUGCUCACCUGUGCUGCUCAAGGAAAUGAACACUACACAGGUGUAGCAGCCAGAGAAACGGCUCAGGCCCUGAAGACACUUGCCCAGGCGGCCCGUGGGGUUGCCGCUUCCACCACGGACCCUAAGGCUGCAGCGGCCAUGCUGGACUCAGCCCGUGACGUCAUGGAGGGCUCUGCGCUUCUCAUUCACGAGGCCAAGCAAGCUCUGAUAUCCCCCGGUGACGCUGAGAGCCAGCAGAGGCUGGCGCAGGUGGCUAAAGCUGUGUCUCAUUCCCUGAAUAACUGCGUCAACUGUCUGCCUGGCCAGAAGGACGUAGACAUGGCUCUAAAAAGCAUCGGGGAAGCCAGCAAGAAGCUGCUUAUUGAUACUAUCCCUCCAGGGUCCAAGUCUUUCCAGGAGGCCCAGAAUGAGCUGAACCAAACGGCAGCAGACCUGAACCAGUCUGCAGGUGACGUGGUGCACGCCUCUCGUGGCUCCAGCAGCCAGCUGGCUGUGGCCUCUGGCAAUUUCAGCCAUAACUUUGAUGAGUUUCUGGAUGCUGGCAUCGAGAUGGCCGGACACACUCAGAAAAAGGAUGACCAGGUACAGGUGAUUGGUAACCUGAAGAACAUCUCCAUGGCUUCCAGCAAACUGCUGCUGGCUGCUAAAAGUCUUUCUGUGGAUCCUGCAGCAGCAAACGCCAAAAACCUGCUAUCUGCUGCAGCAAGAGCUGUAACAGACAGCAUCAACCAGCUGAUCACACUGUGCACACAGCAGGCCCCUGGGCAGAAGGAGUGUGACAAUGCCCUGAGAGAGCUGGAGGCUGUCAGAGGGAUGUUGGACAACCCAAGUGAACCAAUCAGUGACCUAUCUUACUUUGACUGCAUUGAGAGUGUGAUGGAGAACUCAAAGGUCCUGGGAGAGUCCAUGGCUGGUAUUUCUCAGAACUGCAAGACUGGAAACGUGUCUGUGUUUGGGGGCUGUGUGGGUUCAGCCUCCAGAGCUCUGUGCGGCCUGACUGAAGCUGCAGGACAGGCUUCCUAUCUGGUGGGGGUGUCUGAUCCAAACAGUCAGGCAGGACACCAGGGACUGGUGGAUCCCAUCCAAUUUGCCAGAGCCAAUCAGGCGAUCCAGAUGGCCUGUCAGAAUCUCGUCGACCCAGAAAGCAGCCCCUCCCAGGUUCUCUCAGCAGCCACCAUUGUUGCUAAGCACACCUCAGCAUUGUGCAACGCCUGUCGCCUGGCUUCCUCCAAUACAACUAACCCAGUUGCUAAGAGGCACUUUGUCCAAUCUGCCAAGGAGGUGGCUAAUAGCACAGCCAACUUGGUAAAAACCAUCAAGGCUUUAGAUGGAGAUUUCUCAGACGAGAACAGGAACAAGUGUCGAGUAGCCACUGCUCCACUAAUCGAGGCUGUUGAAAACCUGACAACAUUUGCUUCCAACCCAGAGUUUGCCAGCGUCCCAGCUCAAAUCAGCCGUGAAGGCUCUGCAGCACAGGAACCCAUCCUCCAAUCGGCUCGCUCCAUGCUUGACAGCUCCACCCAUCUUCUUAAAACUGCUCGCUCACUUGUCAUCAACCCCAAAGACCCACCAAUGUGGUCUGUCCUGGCUGGUCACUCCCGCACGGUCUCCGACUCCAUCAAGAGUCUCAUCACAGCCAUCCGGGACAAGGCCCCAGGCCAGCGGGAGUGCGACUCAUCAAUUGAUAACAUUAACAAAUGUAUCCGGGACAUUGAGCAGGCUUCUCUGGCAGCGGUCAGCCAGAACUUACCAAGCAGGGACGACAUCUCCCUGGAGGCACUGCAGGAUCAACUGACGUCCACCGUGCAGGAAAUUGGCCAUUUAAUUGACCCGAUUUCCACAGCUGCCAGAGGCGAAGCUUCCCAACUAGGACACAAGGUGACACAGCUGGCUGGUUACUUUGAGCCGCUGAUCAAAGCCUCUGUGGGUGUGGCUUCUAAGCUGAAUGACCACCAGCAGCAGAUGACCUUCCUGGACCAAACGAAGACAUUAGCAGAGUCUACCCUGCAGAUGCUCUAUGCAGCCAAGGAGGGUGGAGGAAACCCAAAGGCGUCUCACACCCAUGACGCCAUAGCAGAAGCUGCUCAGCUCAUGAAAGAGGCGGUUGAUGACAUCAUGGUGACGCUGAACGAAGCUGCCAGUGAGGUGGGAAUGGUCGGAGGAAUGGUGGAGUCGAUCGCUGAGGCCAUGGCCAAGCUGGAUGAGGGCACACCGCCUGAGCCUGAGGGCUCAUUUGUGGAUUACCAGACCAGUAUGGUAAAAUACUCAAAGGCGAUUGCUGUCACUGCUCAGGAAAUGAUGACAAAAUCUGUGACAAGUCCAGAUGAACUAGGGGCCUUGGCCUCUCAAGUGACCGUGGACUACAGCCAGCUGGCCGUUGAGGGGCGGCUGGCUGCUCGAACAGCAGAGCCAGAAGAGAUUGGUUUCCAGAUCAAGACCCGAGUGCAGGAGCUUGGCCAUGGCUGUAUCUACUUGGUCCAAAAGGCCGGAGCUCUGCAGAUCACCCCCUCUGACAGCUUCACCAAGAGAGAGCUCAUUGACUGUGCCCGCACCGUCACGGAGAAGGUGUCCCUGGUGCUUUCAGCCCUCCAGGCAGGUAACAAAGGCACUCAGGCCUGCAUCACAGCAGCCAGCGCAGUGUCUGGAAUUAUUGCAGACUUGGACACCACCAUCAUGUUUGCCUCUGCCGGCACACUCAAUGCGGAGAAUGAUGAGUCCUUUGCUGACCACAGGGAGAACAUUCUGAAGACAGCCAAAGCGUUGGUUGAGGACACAAAGAUGCUGGUUUCCGGCGCCGCCUCUGGCCAGGACAAGUUAGCUCAAGCGGCCCAGUCCUCUGCCAAAACCAUCACUCAGCUCACCGAUGUGGUUAAACUUGGUGCUGCCAGUAUUGGCUCUGAUGACCCUGAGACACAGGUGGUUCUGAUAAAUGCUGUCAAAGAUGUGGCCAAGGCGCUGGCUGAGCUCAUUAGUGCCACCAAGUGUGCAUCUGGAAAGGCAGCAGACGAUCCAUCUAUGUACCAACUGAAGAGCGCAGCAAAGGUGAUGGUGACCAAUGUGACAUCCCUUCUGAAGACGGUCAAAGCCGUAGAAGACGAGGCCACCCGGGGCACAAGAGCUCUAGAGGCUACCAUUGAAUGUAUAAAACAGGAAAUGUCGCUGUUUCAAUCCAAAGAUGCUCCAAUCAAGACGACCACACCGGAGGAGUUCAUUCGCAUGACUAAGGGGAUCACCAUGGCAACUGCUAAAGCGGUGGCUGCUGGAAACUCUGCGCGGCAGGAGGAUAUCAUUCAUACCGCCAACCUGAGCCGAAAAGCCAUUUCCGACAUGCUGAGCACCUGCAAGCAAGCUGCCUACCAUCCAGAGGUCAGUGAGGAGGUGAAGAAGCGAGCGCUGAUGUUUGGAGCCGAGUGCACGACCGGCUACAUCGGUCUGCUGGAACAAGUGCUGCUGGUCUUGCAGAAGCCUACUGCAGAGCAGAAGCAGCAUCUAGCAGCCUGCUCCAAACGUGUGGCUGGUGCCGUCACAGAACUCAUCCAGACCGCGGAAGCCAUGAAAGGUUCAGAAUGGGUCGAUCCGGAGGAUCCCACAGUGAUUGCAGAGACUGAGCUUCUGGGAGCGGCUGCGUCCAUCGAAGCGGCAGCUAAGAAACUGGAGCAGCUCAAACCCAGAGCCAAGCCAAAGCUAGCAGACGAGUCGCUGAACUUUGAGGAGCAGAUCCUGGAGGCUGCCAAGUCGAUCGCGGCCGCCACCAGCGCGUUGGUGAAGUCGGCCUCAGCUGCGCAGAGAGAGCUGGUAGCUCAGGGCAAAGUGGGCUCCAUCCCGGCCAACGCCGUGGACGACGGACAGUGGUCCCAGGGGCUCAUCUCUGCAGCACGAAUGGUAGCAGCAGCAACCAGCAACCUGUGCGAAGCCGCCAACGCCUCAGUUCAAGGCCACGCCAGUGAGGAGAAGCUCAUCUCCUCAGCCAAACAGGUGGCCGCCUCCACUGCCCAGCUGCUGGUGGCCUGUAAGGUGAAGGCUGAUCAGGACUCCGAGGCUAUGAGAAGACUGCAGAUUGCUGGGAAUGCGGUGAAGAAAGCAUCUGACAAUUUGGUGCGGGCGGCCCAGAAGGCAGCUUUUGACAAAUCAGAUGAGGACAACGUGGUGGUCAAGACCAAGUUUGUGGGCGGAAUAGCGCAGAUCAUUGCAGCCCAGGAAGAGAUGCUGAGGAAGGAGCGGGAGCUGGAAGAAGCCAGAAAGAAACUGGCUCAGAUCAGGCAGCAGCAGUACAAGUUCCUGCCCAGCGAGCUUCGCGAGGACGCCAACUAGUCUCUGCUGCUUAAGCUUUAACUGGUGGGAGAAGCGUGUAUGUGUGUGUGUGUGUGUGUGUCCUUGUGAUGGCCCCUCUGGACAGGUUUGUGGCCUAUGCUGACCUCUGUGACUGAUUUCUACAAACCAUUAAAGCCCAGUUCUGCAGUUAACACUGCUGACCUCGACACGUGGAAAGAGCAAAGAGUCAACGACUAGAAAGUGACAAAUACUACUGUGUGGAACGGACUACUUCCUGAAACAUAAAGAUUGUGACGAGCCAACAGAGGAGCCUCUGCUGUCCUCAUUUACAGCAUUACUACUUCAGCCAAUGUAAACCAGAAUGUGACAAGCCACGGACAAACGGCACAGCUCAUGCUGUCGUUUGCCCGUAAGCUACACUUUUCUUUUUUCUAUAGUUUUGCAGCUCAAGUGUGAAAACAAGAAAGAAAAAAAAGAAAAAAAUUACAAUAAAAAAGUGAUUGUACCGCUCAUCAUGCCGUGUAACUGCACCAUCAAUCUGAAAGCAAAAACAUUUCAGCUCAGUUCUCUGAUAGUGUGAAUGUUUGCCUCUGUGCUCCAGUUUGCACCUUAAUGUGAAUCAGUGUGGCAUGUCUGGACUUUACUUCAGUUCUCAUUAACCCUAACAUGAAGGAGGAAUGUCACAUUUUGGUAUUUUCAUUGACCAUACAGUGGAUUUUAAUUAAUAACAGAACAUUUAAUUUAAUUCAGACUUUCCUAGAAGUAUCUUGUUUUUUCUGUCUUCUUUUGCUGAUAAUUUACUUGCAAAACAUAAAGCUGCAACUCUGUUUGUCAAAGCUCCACAGUGUAGGUCUCAUGAGCUACCAGCUGCAUUACCAUGUGAAUGCUUUUCUACAUAGAACUAAAUGUUACCAUAGAGGAUAUUUAUUACUUCCGAGUAUUUUUAGCAGAGGAAGGGUCUUUUUCAGGGUCAGAACCGAUCUUGCAUCAUAGCUGCCUCCUAACAGAAGCUAGUGUUGGUUCUAGACUUUUUCCCAAUCCAUCAAACUUUCUUUCUUUUUUUUCCUGAAAAGUUUCCCUUUCUUUUUUGAUACUCUCAUCUAUGUACACUAUAAACAAGUUGGAACACGAUGCAAUAAUGUGAAUGGUGCUUUAGGGGGCAGCAUUGAUUACCUUUACACCAUGCACACACACACUGUAAUCACUGGGAUCAAAAUGUUGUAAUCUGUGGGGUAUUUUAAUUUAAUAGGAUGACGUUCUUGUGUGGCCACGCAGGUUUAGUAGUUCUUAUAUUAUCCUAAAUUAUAUAGACAAAUGGAAAAAUAUCUUUGAUUAGAUAUCAUGUGGCUAAUAUGUUGAGGUAUUAAAAUGUCAGUGGUCAUUUGUCUUCACCGCUGGGGAAUAUCGUGUUUCAGUCAAAUCCAACAAGUUUUCAAAUUCAAAAUCUUGAGACUAUAUUGAAACUAUAAUUCCUAACAAUCACCUGAGCGCAUGAAAGUGAAGCGACAGCAGAGUUAAUGACUGCCAUCGAUCAGUUUAGUUUAUUUCUGGGUGCCGUGUGUGAGCUGACAGAAAGGCUGCUCGCUGCCAUAGCAGAGACCUUUGUUUACACAGUUUGAAUCUAAUGCGUUUGGUUCCCCUUGUCUUUCUACGUGGGCUCUGUUUGAAUAUUAAACUGCAGAACACUUUUGGGUGAGGUUCUGCAGUGAAAAUGCAUGGCUUUCUGCUUCAGCCGCAGAGUUACCCAGCCCUCCACCUAACUACAUUAUACCACAGCCUUUAGUGUAAGACGGACACUUAAGUUUAUUUUUCUUUUUAUUUAAAGUUGGGGCUGAGCUUGGAGGUGGUUUUGUGUGAGCAUGGCGACGAGGAGGGAAAAUGAAGCACGCCCACUGCUUAUCAAUGAAGUCUGUAGUGUUAUUAUUAUCAUUAGUGCCUUAGUCUGUAGUCCAAACGGCCUCUGAAAGCUCCAUGUCAUCGGUCAGUAGAAGGUACAGGACAAGCUAUUGUUUUGAAGUGUAGGUUCAUGUCCGUGAGGGAGUUUAUCGCUUGCAAACACCCUGUUCCUCUAAGUGCUGAAAAAACUGCACCCCCUUUAUCUAUCCUUUCUGCCACAUGUGAGGCCUUUUCAUUGGAUGACAGGGGAACUGUCCGCCAGCCAAAAAAAAUAGUUGCAGUUUAAAUUGUACUCUCAGUAUGUAUACUGUAUAUGUAUAUUACAUAUAUGAACACAUUUUUACUGCAUUCCAUGGGCAUGUACCUCAGUGCUUCUAAACUACACAGACUGGAAAUGAGAAUCCGUGCACUGCUUUUUUGUGUCAUGAAGUCUGAAAUUUAUGAAUGGGCUUUUCUCUCGUGCUUUUAAGAUUCUUUAAAAGAUAGGAAAAUCUCUUUAUCUGUCCCAUCAAAAUGUUGUGAAGCAUUUCAAUUCUGUGGGUUAAUCAAAGUGUUCCGUAUGUUCCCUUCUCCCUUAACCGAAACGAAUAAUUAGGAUGUGGCUACACUAAAGAAGAGUUGUAACUUACAGAAAAAAAGAUAUUUAUCUGGCCUCAAAACUAUUUUUUGUAUUCACUGAAAUUAAAGCAUUUCAAUGUAA